AAGCGGGAACUAAGCGCAUUUGUUUGAGACAAAGUUACUAUACUACCCACCUUGAAUCAACAAGAGUGUAAUGUAAAAAAGUAGCAGGAGACUUUUCUUGUGUUUGUUUUAAGACCCAAAUCCACAAAUGGUCCCUCCCUAGCCUAGGUUCUCUCUUCUGAGUUCUGUCCCCUCCCUCCUAUGAUGUUUUUGUUUUUCUGACAUUCCUUCAAUUAUUUCCCUGUUUUUUAAUUAGUAAUGAUAUGCCUUUUCCUUACUCUCCAAUUCAGGGUGGAGGCGUGAAAUUGGGGAGACUUGCAAUUUUGAGUGUAGUAAAGAAAUACACACACACCCUCAUCCCUUUCACUCCACAUAACCGUUAAAAAGUAAAUUCUAAGCAAAUUUUCAACUCACUUUUCUUCUUUCUUAAACACUCAGUCAGCUCUAAUCUUUCUUUUUAUAUAGCACCUGGUCAAGUUAUGAACUUUUUACUUUAUAGUUAUUUUUCAGAUUAAGUUGUUCAGUGCUGAAUUAUUAUAGAUGGAACCAAGGAGUUGGAUGUCGCAUAGUAAGUCAUUUGAGAAAAGUUCUUCCGAGUCAAUGUCAUCUCAUUCACAAACUCAUGAUCAGGUAUAUGCCACUCAUAUUGUUCCAUCUCCAGAAGUCAUUUCCGAGGGUGCGUCAAAUGAAGAGGUUGUUACUGAUGUGCAUACUCUAACUGGAAAAUUAUCCGCCGCUCUCUUAGACAUUAGUGCCAAAGAAGAUUUGGUAAAGCAGAAUGCCAAAGUUGCGGAAGAAGCUGUCUCAGGCUGGGAGAAGGCUGAAAAUGAAGUGUUGACUUUAAAACAGCAACUUGAUGCUGCAAAACAGCAGAAUGCGGUUCUUGAAGAUCAAGUUAGUCAUCUUAAUGGGAAACUAAAGGAUUGUAUGAGGCAGCUUAGACAAGCUAGAGAAGAGCAAGAGCAAAAGACCCUUGAAGCUGUUGCAAACAACUCUUGUAAUUGGGAAUCCAAAAGAGACGAGCUUGAGUGGAAAGUUACUGAGCUUGAGGUUCAACUUCAAACAGCUAAAGAAGAUGCUGCUACAUCAGUUAACUCUGAUCUUUUGCAGAGGCUCCAGGAUGUGGAGAGGGAGAAUUCAAGUCUGAAAAUUGAACUACAAUCUCGACUCGAGGAACUAAAAUUCAAAACCAUUGAAUGGGAUUUGAGCACCCAAGCUGCUGAAAGAGAAAGCAAGCAACAUUUGGAGAGCAUAACGAAGGUGGCUAAGCUUGAAGCCGAGUGCCAGAGAUUGAAUGCAGUGGCUCGCAAAACAUUCUCUGUCAAUGAUCGCAGGUCUUUGACUUACUAUUCCGUUUAUGCAGAGUCAUUCACAGAUAGUAUGUCAGAUAAUGGAGAGAGGCUAUUGGUGGUUGAAAGUGACAUGCACAAAUUUGGAGGCAGGGAGAUAAAUGAAGGUGAACCAAAGCAUUAUGACUCAUGGCCAUCUGCUUCAAUUACAGAAUUGGAUCAAUUUAAGAAUGAAAACACCACUGCACCAAACCGUAUAUGCCUUUCAACUCAGAUUGAUCUGAUGGAUGAUUUCCUCGAAAUGGAAAGGCUUGCUGCAUUGCCAGAUACUGCAUCAGACCAACCUAAUGUUGGCCAGGGAACAGACACAGUGUAUGCUGAAGUGGAAGCAUUGGUUCAAAAGAAUGAUGCGUUGGAGAAGAAGCUAGCGAAAAUGGAGGCAGAUAAAAUAGAGCUAGAGAUGGAUUUAAAUGAGUGCCAAAAGCAGCUCGUGGUAUCACAAAGUCGGGUAAAGGAAGCAGAGUUGGAGGUAAUUGAGCUUCAAACACAGUUAACUUUUGCAAAUAAAUCGAUCAAAGAAGAAUAUGAAGAACUUAAAGCAUCCCGAGCAAAAAAUGAGAAAGUUGAGUCAAAGCUGAGAGCUGCUCAAACUGAGGUGGAAGAAUUGAUUUCAAAAAUCUGUUCACUGGAGGAAGAGAUUGAUAAAGAGCGGGCUUUGUCUGCAGAUAAACUUGAGCUAGAGGUUGAUUUAAUCGAGUGCCAAAAACAGCUCAAGGUAUCACAAAGUCGGGUAAAGGAAGUGGAGUUGGAGGUGAUUGAGCUUCAAAAACAGUUAGUUGUUGCAAAUAAAUCAAACGAAGAAGAAUAUGAAGAACUAAAAGUAUCCCGAGCAAAAAAUGAGAAUGCUGAGUCAAAACUGAGAGCUACUCAAACUGAGGCAGAAGAAUUGAUCUCAAAAAUCUGUUCACUGGAGGAAGAGAUUGAGAAAGAGCGGGCUUUGUCUGCUGGUAAUUUGGCCAAGUGUGAAAAGUUGGAAGAAGAGCUUUUGAGAGUGAAGAAAGAAACUCAACUUCAUCAAGACACUGAGACACUGCAUAGGGAAGGUGUUGAUAGCGAGUUAAUGUUCAAGCAGGAGAAGGAACUGGCAUUGGCUGCUACUAGAUUUUCCGAGUGUCGGAAAACCAUCGAAUCUCUAGGACAGAAGUUGAUGUCCCUUGCAACAUUGGAAGACUUCAUAUUUGAUUCAGAGGACACUAUGGAGUUAACUAGUGAAGUUACACCACCAGGUCCCCAAGAUGGCGGUGAGCAGUUGAAAUUACAUAAUAGUGAUUUGAGUUUUCCAAAAAGAGAUUCAUCAACUUCGCUAAAUCCAUCUAAUAGCUUUGGAAAAAGCCACUUUAGUUUUGGUAGGUUCUAUCCUACAAGGGCUUAAGCAGAACAGAAAGUCAUUGUAAAAGAGGUAAGAGAAAAAAUAAAGUAAAUUGUAAAUGUGCUUUAUAAUAAGCAUUUAACGAGUAUAAAUCUAAACUUAGGUGUACAUGUAUCUAGAUAACACUAGUUGCAGAA